CCAGCCCGUAGAGAUGCAGCGCACACGGAGAACGUUCGCUCUGAUCUGCUCGCUGUUCAUCAUUUUGCCCAGGUUUGAGAUGGUCAGUGGUAAAGUCUUAGAGGAGACUUAUCGGAAGUGGGUCCAGUAUAAAGACAACUGCAUCACAAUGACACGAAAAGAGCCACGGCUACAAGGGUUAUUCUGUAACAGGACAUUUGACGUUUAUGCAUGCUGGCCAGACGCUCCUGCUGGCACUAUGGUCAACAUUUCGUGCCCUUUCUACCUGCCCUGGUAUGAAAAAGUGGCGCAGGGUGUUGUGCGGAGGCGAUGUGGCCCCGACGGCCUCUGGGAGACGGAGGAGAACGGCCAGGUGUGGAGAGACAAGUCCCAGUGUGAGGAGGAAAAAGAGGUCGAGUCUCAAGAGUUGUGGUUCCAGCAGUUGAUGGUGACCUUCAGGACGGUUUACACCGUCGGCUACUCCUUGUCUCUCUUCUCGCUCCUAACAGCUCUUGUCGUCCUUAUGAGCUUCAGGAGAUUGCGGUGCACCAGAAACUACAUCCACGCCAACCUCUUCCUCUCGUUCAUCCUGAGGGCCGUCGCCGUCAUCGUGAAGGACGCCAUGGUGGACCGCCACUGGGGGAAAGAAAUCAUGAAGACGAGCGACGUGAGUGAGAUGCUCAGCCAUCAGGCUGCGAUCGGCUGCAGGAUCGCACAGGUGACCAUGCAGUACUUUGUCCUGGCCAAUCAUUACUGGUUUUUUGGAGAGGCGAUUUAUUUAUACUCCGUGCUCAUUGCCUCGGUCCUCGUUGACAACAACAAAUACCUGCUUUACAUCUGUCUCGGCUGGGGAACACCUCUUCUGUUCGUUGCCCCCUGGGUGGUGGUGAAGCUGUUGAAAGAGAAUAAAGAGUGCUGGGCUGUUAAUGAGAAUUUGAACUACUGGUGGAUCAUCCGGUCCCCGGUACUGCUUGCGUCACUGGUUAACUUUAUGAUUUUCGUGAAGAUCCUAAAGGUUAUAUUUACUAAACUGCGAGCUGGCAACCCGAAUCGAUACCCCGAUUACAAACUCAGGCUUGCUAAGUCCACUCUCACCCUGAUUCCUCUUUUUGGGAUUCAUGAGAUAGUAUUCAUCUUCGCCACAGAUGAGCAUACGUCGGGCAUUGUGCGCUGCAUCAAAGUGUUCUUCUCCCUUUUUAUAAGUUCAUUUCAGGGAUUUCUGGUGGCUAUACUAUACUGCUUUGCCAAUAAAGAGGUGCAGGAGGAGCUAAAAAGGAAGCUGAGCAGCUGGAGGACACAGGCAGAGAUUGUAUGUUGUCGACAGUGACUAGCUGUGCUCGAUCAUCGAGUAGACACCUUCUCCAUCGCAACGGUGCCCGAGCACAACAGAUCCUCUGUCUCUGCAAUCAGGGAAAUACCAGAAGGAUUACCCACUCCUGAUGUUUCAAGGCAUCAGACAGAGCCAAUUUCCUCGCUGCCUGAUGUUUCCUCGCCUCGCUGUACGUCGGUGAUGAAGAAAGACUCGACCUUGCAGCAAGUGGAUCAGGA